CACUUUUCACAGUUUAAUAUAUGAAAGUAUAUGAAAGAAAUGGUAGAAGAAGCAGCAGCAGUACUUUUCACUCCUGUAACGGUGAUUUCUCUGCUCGCCUGUGCUGCACAGUUUGCUCUGAGCUUUGCUUUGGCGCAGAUAUGCUGUAAAAAGUCUUCAGGAACGGAGAGAUGGAUCCUCGUCUGGUUAUUCUACGACGCCAUUGUUCACAUUACUCUGGAAGGUCCAUUCGUGUACAUGUCACUGGUAGGAACUGUGGCAACAUCAGAUAGCAUAUUUGCAGAAUUGUGGAAAGAAUAUGGCAAAGCUGAUGAGCAUUGGCUCCAUUCAGACCCAACCAUUGUAUCCUUGGAGCUGCUGACUGUCGUCUUGGAUGGAUUUCUAGCUCUUCUUUUGAUUUAUGCCAUUAUCAAAGACAAGCACUACAGGCACUUUGUUCAAAUCACCCUCUGUGUGUGUGAGCUGUAUGGCGGAUGGAUGACUUUCUGCCCGGAUUGGCUUAUGGGGAGCCCAAAUCUGAACACCAGUAACUGGCUUUACUUCUGGGUCUAUUUGGUCUUCUUUAAUGGCGUGUGGGUUGUGGUGCCUGGACUCCUGCUUUGCCAGUCCUGGAAGGAUCUACAGAAAACCCAUCAACAUCAGAAAAAAAAGAACAAAUAAAACUUUUUUGAGGUACAUGGAAUACAAAUCUAGCUGCCUCUUAUAGGAAAUUAUGAAGAUUGUUCAGCAGGACAGUGAUCCAAAAUAUAAUUUAACAACCAUUCUUAAUUCAACAACAAUGAAUUAAGUAUUAUUAUUAUAGUAUUAUAAUCUUAUAUUAUUGUAUUAUUAUAGUUAACGCAUGGAUGUUUGAUAAUACAUUUUAAAAUACACAUUGUUGGUCCCAUGCAGAGUUCAUGCAGUUUAUCUACAUGUCCCCCGAUCAUGUUACAUCCAAUAAGAAUUGCCAUUUAAUUAUCUUUGUUUUUAUUCAUUAACAAACUUCUAGAGCACAUCUCCACUUAAAAUUACACACAAAAAUGAUGUAGUUAAAAACAUAAACAAACAUUGUGGGGGGAAAACCUAAUUUUUAGAAGCAAAGGUAUUUAGACACCACAAAUGAGUCACAUUAGUAUUAUGUUGCAAAUCUUGUGUUGGCAAUUACAACUUCAUGUUGCAACUGUGUUACAGGCCUGAAAAGCAGAAAUAGGUGUAUAUUACCAAAUAAAAUAAAACU